UUGCAAGGAGAGACGGAGGCUCAUUUUCAGGCACUGUUUCGUAUGAGCACGACUCGGCUAUUUUAAAGAUGUGGACAGGACUGGGAAAACUGUUGCUUUUGCAUUUGUUACUGAUGGAGCUUUAUGUCGCGAAAGGGACUAAAACAAAGUGUGAAACCGGUCAAUUUCAGUGUAAAAACGGAAGAUGCAUCCCCACUCCUUGGAGAUGUGACGAUGACGACGAUUGCUCUGAUAACAGUGAUGAGGAAAACUGUCCGAAGAAGACGUGUGCGACGACUGACUUUGCGUGUAAGAACGGCCAGUGUGUUCCUGCGCGCUGGAGGUGUGAUGGAGAGCCUGAGUGUCCAGAUGGUUCCGAUGAAGCAGACGCCACUUGCAGUCGUCAGACAUGUCCGCCGGAGAAGUUUGACUGCGGCGGCGCUAGCAAUAAGUGCGUGUCUCUGUCGUGGCGCUGCGACGGCGAGCGGGACUGCGAGAACGGCGCCGACGAGGAGCAGUGUGCUGCAGGUGGGUCUCCGAGCCGAGACAAACCAGGCCAAACCGGUGUGGAGGCUGGAUGGGAUGCUAAAGCCUGCCCAGCCAAAGAGUUCCAGUGCCGCAACAGGAAGUGCGUGGCGCCUAACUUUGUGUGCGACGGUGAUGACGACUGUGGUGACGGCAGCGACGAAGAGUCGUGCGCAGGCACGGCGGCCGGCGGUGGCCCAGCCCCACGCACCUGCGGCCCGCACGAGUUCCGCUGCGACGACGCCGAGUGCGUGCCCAUGCUGUGGAGCUGCGACGGUGACCCAGACUGCCGCGACAAGUCGGGACGAAGUGGCCUGCUGCAGCAGCCGCAGAGAAGCAAAGCCGCCGCUGCCCGCCCCGAGUUCCAGUUCCAGCCCGGCGAUACCAUGCACCUGAGCUGGAGGUGCGAUGGCGACGCCGACUGCAAGGACAAGUCCGACGAGGCCAACUGCGCCCUGCUGACCUGCCGGCCGGAUGAGUUCCAGUGUGGGGACGGCUCCUGCAUCCACGGGACGAAGCAGUGCAACCGGGUCCACGACUGCCCGGACUACAGCGACGAGGCCGGAUGCGUCAACACCACCAAGUGUGAAGGGCCGCACAAGUUCCUGUGCAAGACCGGCGAGUGCAUCGACAGCAGCAAGGUGUGCGACUCGGUCAAGAACUGCAAGGACUGGUCGGAUGAGCCCAUGAAGGAGUGUGGCCUGAACGAAUGCGAGGACAACAACGGAGGCUGCUCCCACAUAUGCAGGGACAGGCGCAUCGGCUACGAGUGUGACUGCCCCGCCGGCUACAAGCUGAUGGACAAGAAGACGUGUGGAGACAUAGACGAAUGUGAGAACCCGGACGCCUGCAGCCAGAUCUGCAUCAACUACAAAGGCGACUUCAAGUGUGAAUGCUACGAGGGUUACGAGAUGGACCCUGUAACCAAGAACUGCAAAGCCGUCGGCAAGAGCCCGUACCUGCUGUUUACCAAUCGGCAUGAGAUCCGGCGCAUUGACCUGAUCAAGAAAGUCGACAGUCAGGUGGUGUCCACCCUGAAGAACGCCGUGGCCUUGGACGUGGACGUGACCACCAACAAGAUGUACUGGUGUGACCUCUACCACCGCAAGAUCUACAGUGCAUACAUCAACAAGGCCGGCGAUGCCUCACAGCAGAAGACGCUGAUAGACACGGCUCUGCACUCCCCCGACGGGCUGGCUGUGGAUUGGGCCCACAAGAACAUCUACUGGACUGACUCCGGAGACAAGACCAUCUCUGUGGCCACUGCCGACGGCAAGAGGAGGAGGGUUCUGAUCAACAUGGACCUGAACGAGCCACGGGCCAUCGUGGUGGACCCAAGACAGGGGUUCAUGUACUGGUCAGACUGGGGGGCCAGCGCCAAAAUUGAGAAGGCCGGCAUGAAUGGAGUGGACCGGCAGGUUCUGGUCUCUGAGAGAAUCGAGUGGCCCAACGGCAUAACUCUUGACUUGUCCAGCAGGCGCCUGUACUGGCUGGACUCCAAGCUGCACCUCAUCUCCAGCGUGGACUUCAAUGGCAAUAACAGGCGGGUGCUCACCUCCUCCACGUCUCCACAUCCCUUCGCCCUCACUGUGUUUGAGGACCUCGUGUACUGGACAGACCUGGAUGAUGAGGCCAUCUACAGCGCCAACCGUCACACGGGCCAUGAUAUGGCUACACUGGCCCAGCACCUCAACAACCCACUGGCUCUGGUCGUUUUCCAUGAGCUCAGACAGCCCAAAGUGCAAGACAGCUGUAACAUGGGCAGCCUGCCAAACGGAGGCUGUGAGUACCUGUGUCUGAAGGCGCCUCAGAUCACCGACCACUCGCCCAAGUACACCUGCGCCUGCCCCAACAGCAUGGAACUGGGACCUGACAUGCGCCGCUGCAUCACAGUGGUCAGACCCAAAACCACAACAGCAGCUCCGACGACCACAACCACUACAACCCUGCCAACAACCAGCACCACCACCCCAGCAACAGCCUCCUCCACCACCACAACUACGCCAUCCACGACAUACAUCACAUACACCUCCUCGACGACCACCACCACCAGAUCCACGACAGCCUCCACAACAGCCCCACCACCUGUGCACCACAGCUCUCCAUCCACCACCAUCAGCACCACCUCUAGCAGUACCAGUAGCAGCAGCAGUAGCAACAAUGUUCAGAGGGUGAAUGCCAACCUGUCACACCGGGCUGGGAGCGAGCACUACCUUUUAGGCAACAACAUAACUGUGGCAGUUUUGGGUAUCGUCAUUCCCAUAGUUCCUAUCCUUGCCACAGUGGUCAUCGGCCUGCUCUGCACCGGCGGCUACCUGGUCUGGCGCAACUGGCGGCGGAAGAACACCAAGAGCAUGAACUUCGACAACCCCGUCUACCGCAAGACCACCGAGGACGACGACGACGAGAUCCACAUCGGCCGGACCGAGCAGAUCGGACACGUCUACCCCGCAGUGAGUGGCGGCGCCCGACAGCCCUUCCUGGCCCUGCCCCUGGGCGGCGGCGGCGGCACUGCCGUGCCCGACCCGGCCGCGCACUGGUACUCGGGCGCGCCCAUGCUCUCCAGCACCAAGUGAAGCGGGAGAGGUGCGGUGUGGACGAGGAGAGUGGGGGAGACUGGAUCGAGGAGGAAACAUUGAGGGGGGGGCGUAAUAAUAAGGAGGGGUGUCUUUAGGGAGUGGCACAGCAAAAUGUGGGACGUGUUUUUGUUGUGCGCCUGUGCACACACACACACCCACUCUUAUAACGUUACUCACAUUCACACACACACAUACAGUACGCACGCGCAAACACACACAUAAACACACACAGGCACACACAAGCAUGCACAUAUUUGAAAUGUGUGCAUCACUACACACACAUAACCUCAGCCAUCCCAUUCCUCCAGUUUCCAUCCAUGGUUAUUGUGCCCAUGUGUUUUGACCGUCUCCUUCCUUUAGUGAAAGGAGCGUAGAGUGUGUUUUUGUGCUUGUGACGGGGCACAGACUGUGUGUCCUCCCACAGUCUUUUUUUAGCUUUAUCCUCCUCCUUUUCCCUCUGAAAGGCAUUGGGAUGGUAUCCUUCCUCAAGUGGUUUCUCCCCUAAGACUGUUUAUCAAAAGGACCCUGUAACUACGCAUAGGAAUACAAAGGGAUGCCAGCACCUUAGAAUACAAGACAAUCGAUUUAUUUAUGUAUGAUAGUAUGCAUUCGUAUUUAUUUAGAUAUCAGUUCUAUUUGUGUGUUUUCUGAACUCGUCGUCGACCGAGCAGCUUGGCUGGAGUGGGGAGUGAGCGACGGGGAGGAAGGGGUUAAGCAGCUGUGAAGGGGUUGGCAUGGCAACGGCCGGUGAUUGCCGUAAAGACAGGAUGAGAGCGGGAUGUGGUUUUUGUCGCGGCGGGUUGCUGGCAGCAGCUGACCAUCACAGAGCUGGAGGGGGAUCAGAGGGGGGAUGCCGCCGCCUCCACAUGUGCUCUGGAGCUCGAUGGGGGAGAUGGUGGGCACAUAUUUUACACACACACACACACACACACACACACACAGUACAUGCAAUGCUAAACACAUAGACACAAGCAUGCACACACAGGGUCUCUAUGGCCUAGCCUCACAGCGUGUGUUAGAUUGAGACAUGGGUGACGCCUGAGGCAGGGGACAGCUCCCAGUGCUAACAGGAUUGGGUGUGUUAUCAGUGUGUCAUGACGGAUGAGCAGGAUCUGCAUGUAGGCUAGGCUAGCUGUCUGUGUAGCCCUUUCUUUCUGUCUCCAUGUCCUUCUUUUUCUCCUUCUCUCUCUCUCUUUCUCAUUCUUUCCUACUGUCUGUCUUUUUUUUUGUCAUCUGUCCUUCACUUAUUCUCUUUGUCUUUUUUUUCUGGAACCCUGUUUGUCUGUUUCCUUUUUUCUUUUUCUUCUCUCUAUCUUUCCUUUUCUCUCUCUAUCCAUGCCGUGUGUUUAAUGGUCUUUUAUCUGCUCUCUGCAGCGCGUGGCGCUCAGUCUGGAGGACGACGGAUUCCCCUGAGGUGCUCUCCUCUCCUCUCCCUU